CACCACCCCACUCUACCAACCCCCCGUCUAAUCCCACACUGCACUCAAUGCACAGGACCACAACCUCCUCGUUUCGGAGCUCCAGUCGCUCAUCGUCGAGAGCAAGCGACGGAACCCAGAGGUUAGGGAUGCUGGCGAGGCCGCACUCGAGAUCUUGCGGCCUGGGCCACAGCCGCGCGACGUCCUGGCCGCACGCGCCGACACGUUGCUCGCUCCGAUCACGCUGGGAUGCAAGACACGGAAUGCGAAAAUCGUCGGGAUCAGCAUCGCAGCGCUACAGCGGCUCGUCGCGCUCGGCGGUGUGCCGCUCGCGUCGCUGCCAGACGUGCUGCACACGCUCGGCAUGGUGGCUGGCCAGGCAGUCGAUAUCCAGCUCAAGAUCCUCCAGACUCUCCUCAGCAUCCUGACAUACUGCAAGGACAUGCACGGCGACGCGCUGGGCACUGCGCUGCUGCUGUGCUUCAAGCUUCAGGAUUCGCGUGUGAGCGUCGUCAGCUCGACUGCGGCUGCGACGCUGCGCCAGGCCAUCAUGGUCGUGUUCGACCGCGUCACGAGCGAUGCCAAUGCGGAGAAGACUGAGAAGGUCGUGCUCGCCACCGAGCCACCCGAGGAGAUUGCUAUCACGCCGGCCGCGAUGGACGCGUACCUCAUCCUCUGGGAUCUGUGUCUCCUCACGACUUCGUCCCCAGCGUCAUCGGGUCUCAGCCUCUGGAGCCCGGCAGAGAAGGAGAAGCCGCGCCUGCUGAAACUUUCAUCCCUGCAGCGCACGUUUGGACUCGAGCUCAUCGAGAGCAUCUUGAGCGGAUACGACGGCGUCGUCAAGAAGCACCCCGAGCUGCUGUUUCUCCUCCGACAUGACCUGCACCCACUGGUGCUACGGUUACAGGCAGAAAAGCCCAGCUUCCCUGUCGCUCUGCGCAUCUGCCGGAUCAUCUACGUGCUCAUUCGUCACUACGCCGACCAGUUACCAAGCGAAUGUGAGACGUACCUCUUGUCACUCAUCCGCAUGGGGACUGGGGACGCUGAAGACGACAAGAAGGAAGCAAAGAAGGAUCCCAAGAAGGAUCUCGUCGCGCCUUGGCAGCACGUGCUAUCGCUCGAGGUGCUGCGUGGCAUCAGUGGUGACCCAGCACUCCUCCGCGCCAUAUGGACCCAGUACGACAAGGCUGAGGGGACCCCGGACCUCUUCGCCAAGCUCGUCUCGGCGUUUGGACGCCUCGUCAACGACAAGCCGCAGCUCUUGGGUGUCAGCUCACAAAUCCACGGCCUUGGUGUACCACAGUCCGCUGCAGCUGAACACGCCAACGCCGGCUAUUUGGAUAUGGGCAUUGGGAUGAUGGCGUCGGCUGCCAGCGCAGGUGUGUCGACAGUCACAGCCAUGAUCGGUCCAACAGGCGGCGGCCUCGGUCAGCACUCGACCAUGAAGCAGCGCCUCAUCGAACAGCACGACAAGGCAGAGGCACCGCCAGUGCCAGAAACCUACCCUUACCUGUUGGCUGUCCAGUCGCUCGAUGCGAUCGCUGAGAGCAUCCCAAACGGUGUCGCCCAAGCGGACACGCGCGACACGGCCUGCGGUAUGGCCGAGUCGGCAUGGCCUGCCCUCCUCGCAGCACUGUCAUAUCUUAUGUCCACAGAACUAUCCGACCAACUAUUUGCAGAGGUCCUCACUGCUCUUCAAGACUUCACCAUUGCAUGCGGCGAGCUGGGCCUCUCAACUCCACGCGACGCAUUCAUCAACACACUGGCACGGUACGCCGUUCCACCGCCGGUCGUCUCGGCCAUGCAGUCGUACUUUGAGAACGGUCCGCAGCAAAAGUCCGGCGGCACGGCGGAUGCUCUGGGCCUCGCGGCGCUUGGUGUCGGUGGUGGACCGGCCUCUCCUCCCAGCCUGUCCGAGCGCAACCUCGCCUGCCUUCGCAGCUUGGUGGGCGUGGCGCAGACAUUGGCCAGCUCGCUCGGCCCAGGUUGGCACGACGUGCUCGAAACUUUGCAGAACGCAAACUAUCUCCUGUCAAUGGCCCGCAAGCCCAAUGCGCGGAGGACAACGUCCGGCCAGCCUCCCCCAACACCACCACCUGGCUCCGGGAGGUCUUCGCAGGACGGGAACACGGUACGACCAGAGGCUCUUCAGGACCUCGACACCGAGACAAUUCAGGCUGCGGUCACUGCGUUGUUUGAGCGAUCACGGGAGCUCGACGACGAGGCGUUCACCAUCUUUAUCACCGCCUUGUGCAAGCUCAGCUCGGAGAUGAUCGGCAUGAACCCGGUGGUCGACCUGACGAAGAGCCCCACCACCCCAGCUGGCCUUCUCUCUCCUGGAGCAGAUUCUGGACGACGACGCACGAGCGGCAUCAACAUCUCACAGAGUAUCAAAUCCGGCGAGCGCUCGUUUGGGCUGUCGAAACUCCGUGCUGUUGCUGUGCUCAACCUCCCCCGUCUCAUCGCCAGUGACCCAUCUGUUGGAUGGACCGAAGUCACGCAGCACCUGCUCAAGGUGGCUCGCCACGUGAGCGCACCGUCGGCAAUCCGCCUACAAGCAUCGGAGACCUUGUCGGAGCUUCUCUUGACUGCCCUGCGAACCGUCCCCGAGCCACGCGUCCAGCACCAGGUGUUCGACGUGCUUGUCCUCCAGGUGGAUGUCAACCCUGUCAGUAACACCGUGGCAACAGACUACGAGGUACGGUCGUCGGGCUUUGCGACUUUGAACCAGAUCCUCGAGUCGUCGGGCCAUUCGCUCGAGGUAGGCUGGCCCACCAUCUUUGGCAUGCUCGACAGCGUGUGCAAGAAGCCGGAGGUGAACGAGGGCGGCAGACACGUUCCUCACCGCGGUGAUGCCAACCUCGUCCGCAUUGCAUUCCCGUCUCUCACCCUGAUCUGCACCGACUUCCUGUCUUCUCUGGACGCGACCGCCAUGCGUCAGUGUAUCGCAUGCCUCGGAUUCUUCGGCAAACAGCAAGAAGACGUCAACAUCACACUCGCGGCGAUCGGUCUACUCUGGAAUGUCUCGGACAAGGUGCAAGGCGAGUCCAAGGAGCUCUGGCUCUACCUCCUCACGGAACUCCUCGAGCUUGCCCGCGACUCUCGACUCGAGGUGCGAACCGGCGCGAUGCAGACUCUCUUCCGCUGCGUCGAGCUGUACGGCGCCGACCUGUCUUCUGAGAUGUGGGACGACGUCCUUUGGAAGGUCGUCUUCCCUCUUCUCGAGACGAUGCGCAGCGACGAGUCACAGGUGCUCGCUUUGACGUCGGUCGGUUCCAUCUUCGGUACCUUCGGACCGAAGAUUGCCUCGCUGCCAUCCAACUCGAAGGUGUUUGAAACACUGUUCGAGCGCCUCAAGCUGUCGUUUAUCAGCGAGCCGCGCCAGUGCAGCACUGCGUCCUUGAAGGUGCUUGAACGGGUCGUCGCUGCUACCGAGAAGGGCGCGCCGCAACUCGACCACACUUGGAACACAUUCUCCAGCAUGGGUGCUGCACUGUCUGACGGUGAACCAUACACCCAGGACAACCUCGUGGCGCUUGUUCGCGUCGCGGCCCUUCUGCAUGACAGACUGGAGUGGACGGACGAUCGUGGCAAGCAGUUGUCAAGCAUCCUUCGCGCCGUCAUUGCCUACUCGCGCUCGCCCGACUACCGCCCGGAUGUCGACUCGAUGUCGCCACUGCAAGAGGCUGUGGCCGAGCUGGUCGCCAAGUCGACGCAUUUCGGCGCGUCUCUUGUCCUCUCUGACCUCGCCGAGUUUAGCUCGCUGGCGUACGUUGGCGAUGGCACGGGCAAGCUGUCGUAUGUCGCGCUGUCCAAGUUUGCCAUGCCCAAGAUGGCCGACGUGUACGAGCGUACCGCCGACAGGGAUGCCCUCUACGACGACGGAACGAUUGAAAGUGUCAUUGGCGCGUAUGCUUUACCCAUAAAGCUAAAGUACGACUGCCCUUCAGCAAACAAAUGGGGAUCGGACCCACCUUUGUGGCGGACGGCCAUGACGACCUUUGUGCGCGUGCUGAAGGUUCUCACCUCGAAUCUGGAAGGCAAGAGGCUCGAAACACUUGAAAAGCAGCGAUUCGAGGCCAUCUGGGGCCAAGUCAUGGACGUUUUUGCCGGAGUACUGCUUGCAGACGACGGUGGCGAUUCGGCCGACCCGGAGGACGAGGCUUUUGUUCUCCCCAUUCUCGAGCAACUGCAAGCGGCUGUCGGUCCUCGCCUCGCCGAUCCGCGCAUCCCGGACCGUGUUGUGUCGGCCUAUGCGGAGACGCUGCGCAAAGCCAGUGUUUUGUAUCACUACGACGUCCGUGCGCCGGGUGGAACUACGGCCCCCGUAGUGGCCGAGCCCCAGGAAAAGACUCGGUACUGGGCCUUUGACCAUCUUAUCGCGAGCUCGAGCCAACGGGGAAACAACGACAAGCGAGUGACAUCACUGUUUGUGCCAUCGUUGUUGCGGCGACUCGAGGCGACACUGCGACACUUCUUAAGCGACGCCAAGCUGCGAGGUCAAAUGCCAUUCUCACGCGUUCGCGAGGAGGAAAUUCUUUACGUCUUGCGACAUCUUGUCACAAUGACACUAUGGGAAGGGAGCGUUCCUAUUCCAGAUGGCGACGGCGAAUCUCCAACCGCACUGGCCAAGGCGUCUGCGGCGUCGUCCAGGGCCCACCUGUUCGCCUACUACCCUUUGCUACUCGAGCUCGCGUUCGUGCCGGCGCAUCUUCCAGCAAUGUGGAUUUUGCCGUCCGAGCACGUACGAUUGUUUGCCGGUGUGGAACCGAGAGUAAAUGGCGAGCGUGGCGAAGGCGAGGACAGCGAGGACGGUGAGGAGGACGCUCGGGACGGAACCGACUUGAUAGAGGUUUCGGCCCGCGAUCUUGCGCGUCGGUGCCUUGAGCUAGUUGGGCUCGAGCUCGGGCUAAGCUCGGCGCGAGCGGCGCGCGUAUAGACGGGUUGAUCAAGGCCGAGGAAACGGCUACGGUAUGUGUUAUUAUAGUCGUGAUUGGAUCGGAACGCGGAAGCAUUGGUUCAACCGCGUCGCCGACGCCAUAGUGAUCACGCAACAGCCUACACAUGUCCAACACACACACACAUGUCACACCAUCCAUCUAGCAG